GCCGAAGUGAAGCAUUUGCCAUCCCCUAUCGGUGAUAUCGGUCACCAACACUAUAUAUACCACUCUCAUUCCCCGUUCAUUUUUUGAAAAAUCCCCAUAUCCACCUCCCAUCCCAUGUCUACUGUUGUAUUUGUGUCUGGUUUCACCAGCUACAUCGCUUUGCAUAUUGUCAAAAAAUUACUUGCCAAAAACUAUAAAGUUGUAGGUUCAGGAAGAUCCCACGAAAAAUGUCAGCAAUACACCGAUAUCAUCAAUAACCCCCUAUUUCUGUUUGUGGUGGUUCCUGAGUUGUCUGCCGACAAUGCUUUUGACGACGUGUUCCAGCAACAUCAGGACAUCAAGUUUGUGGUGCAUGUUGCAUCUCCUCUUGUUCCUAUUAUUGAAGACCCUGAAAAGGAGGCCCUCAUUCCUGCCAUAAAUGGUACCACGAGCGUUUUGAAGGCUGCCCACAAAUAUGGUCCCCACGUCAAGAGAGUGGUCAUCACCUCGUCCUACGUGGCCCACUGUGCACCAUCCGAUCACUAUGGUGGAAGUGACCUUGUUAUCACUGAAGAACUGUGGAGUUCUAUCACCUAUGAGCAAUCUUUGCAGCCAAAUAUUGCGUACUGGGGAUCCAAGAAGUUCGCCGAAAAAGCUGCCUGGGACUUUUUGGAAAAUGAGAAGCCCCAGUUCCUGUUGGCCACAUAUGCACCUACUUUAGUGUUUGGUCCCCAGGCGUAUGAUGAAGUUGCAAAACAGGGUCCAGUAUCCACUUUGGGGAUUAUAUCUUCGGUGUUGAAGAAGGACUAUUCUGCCGAAAAAAUGCUUUUUGGAGACUUUUCUGACGUUAGAGAUGUUUCUGAGGGCCAUAUCAGGGCUUUUGAACUUGAAUCAGCGGCAGGACACCGGUUUUUGUUGGGAAAUGGCCGUGUAUCUGUGGGCCGCAUUGUGGAGAUAGUGCGCAAGCACUUCCCAGAACUUGAAUUGCCAGCUACAGAGGUGAUUCCGGAUGACAAGCUUGGAGUUGCCAGCACUAACUGUGAAGAAACCUUGACGGUGUUGGGUCAGAAGGAUUUGAUUUCGUUGGAGCAGGGGGUGGUUGACUCUGUGAAGCAGAUGCUCGACGUCGGAGUCUAUUAGAGGGAUUGCUACAGAAUAUUGAAGACAGACUAUAGAACUGAAGUCUACAGAAUAUUGAAGACAGACUAGAAAACUGAAGUCUACAGAACAUCAAGCCUCACCUAGAGAACAGAUACUCGUACUAUAGGAAACCCUUAAUUAUACAACUCCUCUG